UAAAACUGCACAUUGUUGAAGAGAAAUAAAAUUUGUCAUCGUUUUAAGAAAACUGAAAUUGCUGGUGACUAUAGUUUUCUCAGAAGUGGGAUACAACUGACGCCGCUGCAAAAUCGAUAGGAUUGGUCGGAACAGGAAAAACAUUGGAUAACUUCAAUCAAACGAAACACUAGUGCAGCAUCGCCGCGCCGCCAUCUUACAAGCUGAAUCGAGACUUGUUUGAUCGUGAUCGGAAGCGACCAUUUGCAACGAUAUGCCACGACGACGUACAUCGGCUCGACAGGAACAGGGUUUGAGUUCAACGCACAACGAGGAGACACUAAUGGACGGAUGCCAACGUUCGAAUGCCACUGUCCAGGAAAAGCUCCUGCAUCCGGAUGAAUUGAAGCACCUUAUUCCCGAAUUUCGCGAGGGGGCUGGUGUAACGAAGUGGCUCAACACCAUUGAACACUAUGCGGAGUUGUAUGGAUGGCAAGAUCGUACGGUGUUGCUGUACGCGAGCUGCCGUUUGGCCGGAGCAGCUAGGGAGUGGUACAACGGAUUUAGGGAUGUUAUCAACACGUUCGAGGAAUUUGACCGGUUUAUCAAGAAAGCUUUCCCUGACCAACGUAAUGAGGCAGACAUCCAUCAGGAGUUGCAGCAGGCCGUGAAGAUGUCCGGUGAGUCAUAUGAGAAUUUCGUGUUUCGGGUCAAUGCGCUGGGAAUCAACGGAAGCGUCAGCAAUGCGGCCAUAAUCGUGUACAUUAUUCGAGGAUUGUCAAAUGAUCCGAUCUACGACUGCCUUGUAUCUCGACGCUAUGGCGAUAUUUAUGAACUGCUGGAACACAUCAAAUGGUGUGAGACAAAUCUGCAUUUUCGGAGGAAGAAGGGAACAGCAGUCCAGCUAGCGGAAAUAACGAAAACUCAAGCAAGAACGAUGUCAACGAAGCAAACCCAGCAAAUCGUCUGCUACAACUGCAACGAAGAAGGACACAAAUCCAUUCACUGCUCGAAACCACAACGGAUUCAACGGUGCACUAAUUGUCAACGUACUGGACACACUGCUGCCGGUUGCCUGAAGACCACGACGCUGCCAGUCGUAGCUCAACCGAAACCUGCGAUCAGCAGACCAAGUGUGAAUGUAAUCGGAUACGGGGAGCAAUACGAUGAUACUGAGCGGAUUCUCAACACGGACCAUGACUCCAGAAUGAAAGUUAACGUUAUACUUGGAAACGAAUUGAAGGAGUACAAUGCGUUGGUAGAUUCAGGAAGUGCGGUAAGUCUUGUGAGAAUUUCAAAUUUACCUCGUAUUAUUACUAAGCAACCAAACCUUAUCAGAGAUCAGAUUUUUGGAGCAAAUGGCUCAAAAAUAAAUCAGCUAGGUUCAGUAUCAACGAAACUAAUUGUUCAACGGGUUGUGUUUGAUGUUGUCUUGGUAAUUGUUCCGGACACUACAAUGAGUGUAGAUUUGAUACUGGGUCGCGAUUUUCUGAAUAUGAACCAUAUAAACGCGGUUAGCUUCUCCGGUUAUGUUUCUGAAAAGAGCUCGAAUUGCUACGACGUUGAGAUUAUGAGAAACGUAUUCCAUGGUGACGAUCAGAGUAGCGGUGCAGAUCUAAUACGUUUUGACGAAUCAAUGAUAUUGGACGUAGGUGACACUGCUGAAACGGUUCAACAUACGAAGGAGAUUAAUGAAGUUUUCACUCGUGAUUAUGUAAAGCGCGAAAAACCGUCACAGCCUUUAGUUCAUUAUUCGUGUGAUAUCAAGUUGAAGCAUGAUAAGUAUUUUACGGCAACGCCUGCUCGUUUGAGUAACACCGAAAAUCAAGAAUUGCCCAACUAACAUUUUCAGCGCUAUAAGCUUCAGUCAUUUGCUUUCUGUUGUGUAAUCAUCGAGUAAAAGCAGUCAACGCUGAAUAAAAGGAAAGCUAGUCAAAUAUAAAUCAUAAGCUAAUACACGACUGCAAAACAAGCACCAUACAGCUACCAAACUCGGUUUUCAGAAAUCCAUUGCUUGUCACUGGGGCUGCCUUUACUCCACUCUAUUCCAACUCCGGGAGAUUUCCCGGAAGAUGUGAAAACUUGAACACAUCGAAUAGGAGUCCCCACUAACAAAACAGCUGCUACUAUACAGUACAAUUCAUUAUACUGACAAAUCCCCAAACCAGCAGCGCUUUAAAGGCAGUUAUGCGAUUUAAUUACGGCUAGAAGCUGUAAUAAAGAAACUGUUGGUUUACCAACACGGCUUGUCGGAUGUAAACAUUAUUGCCAAAACAAACUUCAAGCGGGAUAUAUAGCUACUACACAAAUUCUUUACAGCUAUCCAUGUAUGUGCUGUGAAAUUAUUUGGGUUGCUUUUAUUGCACUUUAAUUCAAUGCCGGAAGAUGUGCAAAUCGAGUAAGAGUCCCAGCCACUACAACAGCUGCUUUUAUACAGUACGUUUUGUAAUGUUGCCAAAACACAAAACAACAGCGCUUCGUAGCCGUUUAAAGAACACUCUUUCAGCUAGAAGCUGUGAAGAAGAAUCUGUUGGCGCAACCACACAGCUUGUUCAAUGUAAACAUUAUUGCGUUUGACGUUUCACAAGCUUUUACAGCAAGAUGAAGUUGGGUAAGGUUUCUUGUGGCACAAUUAUGAAGCCUUGUCUGGAGUAAAACAAAACGGGCUAUUUUCUAUGUUAUUUAUAUAUAGCAGUGUGGCAGCGAGGACAUCAUCGGGACCAGUGGAUACGGAGAUCGGGAGUUCGAUUCCAAGUAGCGGCAAGUACAUUCAUUAUUCAAUUUUAAAAGUGAUAAUUCCAGUUCCACAUGUAUUGCAUCACGGUAUCCAUAGCCUAAUUAUAUUUAAUCGUUCAAUUUGGGGAUGCCGUAAAACUAUUAUUUAACAACUGCGAAAAGGCUGAAAAAGCGCCUUCUCAUGAUGUUAUUCAGUUAGUGGUUACAUAGGAGCCGAGAAUAGAGCUAUGACUAGGUGGCAUAGAAGCUGAUCGCACAGCAUGUACAAGCUGAUUAAGUUCGCCAGAUUCAUUGGUAUAGGGCUUGCAUAGAAGCUUCCGUCCAUAUGUACAACACAGUAACUCAGCAUCAAGCCGUAUUAAGGACGCUUUGUUGACGUUUACAUUCACAAUAAAUGUUAGUUGAGAUAGCUUUAUGUCGAAAGGGAAGAACUCCCAGCUCAGCACAUGCUGAUAAGGCUGGAGUGGACGGAAGCAAUCCAGACAGGUGACGAAUAGAUUUGUUGUAGAUUGGUGCCAGGUGUUUGACUAGUUCGUU